AAAAAAAAAAAAAAAAAAAGAAGAGCGCGAAAUUCGUGUUACCAAUGGCCGAAAAGCAAUGGGAUUCUUCAGCGUCACAGCCAGAAGCACCAUUUCAGAGUAAAAAUCUUGAUAAUUCAUUACUAUACAACAAGUAUUUGUGGGCAACGCUAAUCGUUUGUAGCCUCAUACUUUCUGUCGCGGCAAUGUUAUACUUAUGCAAGAAAAAGAAGUUUUUGGCUGGAUUCAAGCGACGAAUGGAGUACAUGAAAGAUAAGAUUGAUGCUCAUGAGCUUAUGUUGAGGAAAUUUCAAGUGGAAGAGCUCGAAAAUGCUACCAAUCAUUUUGCAAAAGAGUAUCUCAUAGGAUCAGGUGCAUUCGGAAAUGUAUACAAAGGUACUUUUGAAGGGGAUAUAACUCUAGCCAUCAAGAGGGCACGUGACGAUUCCUAUACAAGCAUAAAAGAAUUCCGGAAUGAGGUCAAGUUACUCUCAAAGGUGAAGCAUCCGAACCUCAUUAGCCUAGUGGGCUACUGUGAAGAAACUGGAACGAAGGGAGUGCAAAUAUUGGUUUAUGAAUAUGUCCCAAAUGGCUCGUUACUUGAACAUAUUGUUGGAAGGAGGAGAGAGCCCUUAACAUGGAGGCAAAGAGUAAACAUAGCAAUUCAAGCAGCUAAAGGUAUAGCUCAUUUGCAUGAAGGAAUUAAACCGAGCAUAAUCCACCGAGAUAUAAAACCAAGCAAUAUUCUCAUUGGAGAUAGGUUUGAGGCCAAAGUUUCGGAUUUCGGGCUAGUUAGAUCCGGCCCAAUUGGGGAUAACUCUCAUGUUAGUAGUCAGAUUAAAGGUACACCAGGGUAUCUUGAUCCAGCAUACUGUACAAGUUGUCAUUUGAGCCAGUUUAGCGAUGUUUAUAGCUUUGGAGUUAUUCUUUUACAACUCAUUGCGGCUCGGCCGGCUGUUGACUCAAACCGGUGUCGAACCAGUUAUCACAUCAUUGAAUGGGCGAAGCCUCAUAUUGAACGUGGGAAUAUUGAAGAAAUCCUGGAUACAAAUCUGUUGCUAGGGCCAUGCAACAUGGAUAUCAUGCUUAAAAUGGGUCGAUUGGGCUUACGAUGUGUGGUAAAAGAGCCCAAACAAAGGCCCACAAUGACUCAAGUCUUCCGAGAGCUAGAGACAGCUCUCUUGUCGGCCGAUAGAUUCAUCCACCACCUACUGCCACCACGACCUCUGGCGGCAACCUCCGGUGGUAGGUCAACGGAGGUUCGUAAUGGUCAAGGGACUGAUCAUGAUAGUAAUUCGGUAAGUCUGGAUGGUGUUGGGCUUCAGAGAUUUCGUGUAGACAUGGAGAGUGUUUCUUUUCAGAGUACAAGUUUGAGAUGUUUAGAUUCAGAUAGUUUGAUUUUUAAUGUUGAUGAAGAGAUGAGUUUUUGUGUGGACGAGGAUUUAAGUAUCCCUCGUGAUUGA